AUGGACCGCGCUCGCCGCCCAACAACAAAUCGUCGCAAGCCUCAGGGAGUUUCUUCAUCUCCUACGUCUGGUUCAGACGCUUCUUUUGAGCGGAAUCAGUCGUCCGCCAGUCCCAUCAUGGCGCAUGCCACUAACACUCCACAAGCCGCACAGCAAAACCGGCGCGCCCAAAAGACUCUUCAGCCCGCCUUCACCUUCUCAACGCCGGGACCAACAACCCGGCCUCUGAAUCUGAGAAAGAGAUCAAAGACCAUGGAUGACUACAGCGUGGCUGAUGAAGAUUUUGAAAACGACAGCCCCAAGAAGGGCGGUCACAGCCUGCGCAAACGCGCGCGUGUUGACUACACGUUUGAGCAGAUUGACGACGACAUUGACUUUUCAAGCGCCAUUCCAGGCUCGGCAUCAGCAGCUGCCUCUGCCCCUCGUAAUAGGAGGCGACGGCCUGACAGCAACAGCUACGAUUCCGAGGAUCUCUACGGGUCUGGACUCAAGAGGCGAGGCGCCUCUGUUGAUGCUGACACGCCAUCCAGCCGGCGCCGCUAUCCCGCCAGGAAGACUUCCGAGUCGAGAGCCUACAGGGAUGAGUUUGACGACGACGAAAACGACGUCCAGGACACCAUUGAGGUGGGCGUGCUGUAUUCCGACUCUGAGAAAUCUGACAGCGCUCACAUGGAUCUCUCAAAUGCUUCAUCCACGGACCUGUCCGUCGAGGCCCCACAAAAACCGACAACAGCCCAUUCAGGCUUUCCGCACCAGGACAGCGACCUCAAGUCUGCCGACCACGCCGCAGCGCCAGCCCCAACAAGUCUGGAUGUUGAUCCAUCUGGAAAUGCUGCAGGCCCUGCAUCUGCUUCUGAUUCUGAUUCUGCUUCCGCUUCUGCUUCUACUUCUGCGGCCGCUGACAUCAACAUGCCCCAGCCGCAGGCAGACCGUGCAAGGCUGCCCGAUUCGGCCGCACCAGCCUCAACCGCUGAUGAGAAGACGGCUGAGCCACAGCCCAAUGCUCGCGCUGAGGGCGACGCCACACGCACUUUUAGCGAUGAGAUGGCGGCACCACCUGAAAGCUACGCGGAUGAGCUCAAGUCUCCACGCAGCAGCACGCCGCAGAACUCUGGCCGCAUUGUCAACAGCAAUGAUCGUGAGCGAGAGCCGAGUGUGCAGCCCGUGCAGAUGUCGCCAGCCCCUUCCACACCGCCGCCUGCAGUGCAUGCGACCGCAGAGGCCAAUAACACGGCCUUGACACAUGCGGCUGAAAAUGACACUCCCGCUGAAGAAACUGCAUGUAUUAAGCCUCUUAACCAACUUCCCGAAAAGGAAAUUCCACAAGAAAACCCUGAGGCACCACCAGAAAGCGACACACACCCGCAGCCCCAGCCUCAGGCUCAGCAAGAGUCUCAGGCCCGGGCUCAACCACAAGAGCCGCCAUACUAUCCGUCGGCAGCGGCGCACUUGAUUACACUCACUGCGCCGUCGGUGCAGCAGCUCAAAUCUCAAGUACAGGCGGAAGAGGCCCAUGAAGCGCAGACGCCAGAGUCAGAGCCAGAUUCCAAAGCACCCAGCCCUCCCCCCAUCACAGUCACUGCUGCGGCCGAGGACGAAGCCGAUGGCACUCCGGCCUCUCCAUCAAUAUCUGCUCUCGGCUCCACGACAUUGGACGCAUCUCAGUCGACGAGCACUGACACCACAUGCGUCGAGCCACGCGUGUCAUUGCCCGAGGACGGUGCUGACGCUGUUGUCAGCCCACCAUUACCAGAGAUCCAGGUUCAAGUUGAAGGCGCAAAUAUGAAGCCUGCAGAUCCAGCGCCGCCAUCUCAGCCCUCUGAGCGAGGCCCGUUUAAGCCACAGCCUCGGCCUGAAGGCAGAUGGGCUCACCUGACUCCAUAUAUCGAUGGAGAGUAUGUCGCGUAUCCGGAAAAGAAAGCGCAGCAAGAGGACGAGGUCACUACCAGCGAAGACCAAACUGCUGAUGACCGAGAGGCCAAUGACAUGGAGCCAAUGGUCGAUGACAACGACGACAUUCCGGAUGCUGCCGGGAUCGAGGCGCCCACACCAGCUCUCAAUACACCCUUACGGGGCUCCCCUGUGCCCGAUUCGAUUGACCCCACUGCCUCCAAUUCUCCGGCUGCUGGUGGAGAUGACGGCGACGACGUUGAUGUAACUGAAGAGCCGCCCGAGCGCAGCCGAUCAUUCCGCUAUCGCAAGCUCAGAGAUCCUAAUGAAUACCUUGCCGCUCUCGAGAAUUUCGAGGAAAUGUCAACAGAGGAUCUCUACGAGGUCUUGGAAUCUAUCAACAUUUCACUUGUUCAAUGGCAAACCGAGUGGAACGGACUGGGCAAGAUUGUCGAUGACUACGAAAACUCGCUCCGCCGGCGCGUGGCAGACGUCAAGUAUGAGUCUCGAACACGCAACUUCCACCAGCACGGCGUCAAUUAUGAAGAACCUGAAUUUGUCGUAAAGGGUUAUAGGUCCAAGGACAGAGAAGGCAUGACUGAGACACGCUACCUGCAGAACCAGGAUCGUAUUAUGGCAGCCGCUUAUGGAUUUGAGUAUGACCCACAUCCAUCCAAGAUUGGCCGCCAGAAUCCAGAGACACAGCAGGCAGGAAUCAUGACCCGGGGUCGUUCACUACGCAAUCAGCCAAAGCCUACAGCCAAGGCGACCGAGGCAGACGAAGUCACUGGCAAGAGACAGCGGAAGCCUGUUCAAUUGUUCGAUCCGGCAACACAGGAUGUCAGCCGCAGCUCAACACCGGUUCCAACCACCAGACCCAGACGGCGUAGAACUGCCAAUGCCGACAACGAUGAAAGUCAGGUCUCUUUUGCUGCCAGUUUCAACAGCGAGUCCAUCUCAGACGACGAAGCUGGAGAUGGCAGGAGGAGACGCAAUCGUGCAGCACGGCCCAAGAUGAAUGUUCCCAGCAUCAUUGAAGAGCUCGCGCCUGCUCCUCCAAGCGAAGAUUCCUCUGUACGCGAAACACCAUCAAGAUCGGGCCGUAAUAAGCGAGUCAAGCAGCCCCCCAAGUACGACGAGGACCCUCUGGGCUACCACUUCGUUGAAGAAGAGCCGCCCAAGCGUCGCCAUCUGUUGACUCUCAAGAUCCCCAAGGGCAAGAACAUCAGCGAGCCGUCUUCAGCAAUUACAGACAAUGGCGAUUCGCGGCCUUCGACUGCCGACUCAGAUUCCACUUCGCAUACUGCCGAGUCGUCGUAUUCGUUCCGCCCCAAGCGACAGAAACGAUUCCGCGACGACGCCGAAGAGAGUGAGGAGGCUUCUCAAGCUCCCACAAAGAAGAAGAACAAGCGCAUCAACGUUGUUCCCUCAGUUGGAGUAGAAGAGUUCCCUGUCCUACCGGAGAUGCUCGAGCCAGAAGCGGCAUUAGGCCCCAACCGUAAGAUUCAGAAGAUCAAAGUUGUACGCACUACUCCCGCGAGCCGCAAGGGCACACCAUCGUCGCUGCCCAAUGGCGAAGAAGCUGAAGAGCCACCAAAGGACUACAAGUCCAUGACCAAGUCGGAGAAGAUGUCAGCGUCUAUGAAGAGUCGCUGGGCCAAUGGCAACAUGGCUGGUGCUGUGGAGAAGCGAAAGGCAACCCUCGCUGCGAAAAAGGCCGCGCAGGCAGCGGCUGAGCAGAGGGUUGGGCUUAUCGCUCCCAAGCCCAAGAUGAAGGCGGCUAAGAAGGAGCCGAUUGAGCAAAAUCAGAUGCCACCGCCCUUUGCCCCUCAACAACCACCACAGCAAAUGCAUGGGAUGGGAUACCCAUAUCCUCCAUCGUAA